AUGGACGAGCAAUUUAAGCAAUCAUUUGAGAGGGCUAUUUUGUCCCAAGUCGAUGCUUUUGCGAGCCAACCUGUGAAGAAAGAUGCUUAUGAUUAUUGUGAGCAGUUGAAGCACAGAGAUGAUAUUUGGAAAAUUUGUCUUCAGUUUGUUCUCGAGUCAACAUAUGAUCAAGUCAAGUUUUGGUGCUUCGGAACAUUAUCUUCGUUUUUAUCUGAAAGGGCAAAUAUUCUUUCCGAUCAAGACAAAGACAUAAUCAAGAAGGCUUUGAUGCACUGGUUCUUGAAUGUAUUGAACAACAGGACUCCUGCAUUUCUAAAGAACAAAUUCUGUGAGGCAUUAAUUGCUAUCUUUAGGUUAGAGUAUUAUUCUCGUUGGCCAACGUUUUUUAAAGACCUAUUUUCUAUUCUUUCAAACUCUCCAAGCGAACUCAUGAUUGAAAUGUAUCUAAACAUUCUCGAUACAAUUGAUUUUGAAUUUGUUGCCAGAUAUAUUGAAAGAUCACCAGAGAGCCACAAAAGAGCUGUGGAAAUUAAAGAUGCAAUGCGUGAAGACUGUGUUCCUCAAAUUGUGAGCACCUUUUACACUAUCCUUUCUGCAAAGCAUUUAGUUCUCUCAAACCGUUGUCUUACAACAAUGUCAAACUAUAUUGAUUGGAUCGAUAUAAAUCUCGUGACAACAGAACAAUUUGUUCAGCUAUUCUAUCAGUUCUUGACAAUGAACGAAUUUAGAACUAAUACAUGCAAAUGCUUAUGCGUAAUGGUAGAAAAAGGAAUGAAUGAUAAUGACAAGCUCAAAUUAAUAACCUCUCUUCAAAUACCUCAAAUUCUGUUAAACACAGUUGUGGAUAGCGAAAAUGAUGAGCAAUUUGCGGAAUCAGUUUCAGAACUUGCUGCUGGCGUGUCUAAUCAACUUUUGGAGAUUUCUUCUAGACCAAAUCAAGAUUUUCAUUUAUAUUCAAGUGCCAGCAAAAUUCUUCAAGAUAUUUUCCCCUUUGUCCUUGCAUUGUUUGCUGAUGCAGAUGACCAAGUUUCUUCAUCGGUUAUCAAAUUUUUAAAUGACUUUGUAUCUGUGAUUAAGAAGUCUAAAACCUUGCAAUUUGAAUCACUCCAAACACAACUCCAUGAAAUGUUGUCAACUAUUCAAAAGAAGGCAAAAUUUACAGAGGAUUUCAAAUUCGAUCCUUCUCAGCAGGAUGAUUACGAGACUGGAUUUUUGGAGUACAGAAAAGAGCUGUUUGUAUUGUAUAAGAACAUUGGUAUCAUUGCUCCUGAUUUAAUGAAGCAGUUCAUACACGCAUUAACAAGCCAUACCAUUAGUAAUCUUAAUGUACUUGGAUUUGCUGACGCAGAGAUUUGUUUAACGUUGUUGUACAUUACUGCUGAAGUUUUUCCAGAUAUGAUUAACAGACCAAAUGUAAAUCAGCAGGAAAAUAUUUUCUUUAAUCUAUUAUUACAAAUUGUUGGAAGCAACAUUUCCUCUUUUCCUCAUUCCUCGAUUCAAUUGGCCUAUUUUGAAGUUCUUUCCAGAUAUGCCUCAUUGAUUCCCAGAUUUCCAGAUGAUAUCAUUUCUUCAAUGUUACAAUCUUUUGUUGACCAGCGAGGACUAAGAAACUCCAACCCUCAGGUACAGGGUAGAGCCAAGUUUUUAUUUUCCAAAUUUUCUAAACCUCUCAGAGACCGAUUGAGCGGAUUUAUUGAACCUUUAUUUGCAUCAAUUAAAGAAAUAAUGGCUAUAAACCUACCUUCUGAUCAAGAUUUAAUUGAUGGGGAUUAUGGAGGCGACAGAUUCUUUUUAUAUGAAGCAGUUGGUUAUCUAUGUGCUUCCGAAAAAGUUAAUUCUGAGACCAGACAAAAAAUAUUUCAGGAAAUUCUCGUUCCAAUUAAUUCAGCUAUUGAAGAAAUUUUGAAUCAAAAACUCUUCAUGUCAGACUCGGCCGAAAAACCAAGAUUUACCAAAUACAUCGGUAGCAUGGUUCGUGCAGCCGCCUUCUUGAGCAAGGGUUUUGACGACAGCGCUGCUAAAAAGAUUUAUUUCAAGGACUCUGUAGGAUUUUUCAAACAUUUCCUGAUGACAGUGACCAGAGUUCAUUCAGAACUACCCAAGAGCAAAGAUAUUCAAACAUGCGUCAUUCUCUAUUAUCACAGGAUGAUUGAGCUCAUGAAUGAAGAAAUUCUGGAAGUUAUUCCAUCCACGCUUUCAAAUCUUUAUCAAUCCUGUACAGAGAUUUAUCAAAUGAAAGAUUUAUUGAUAUUGUUGGGACAACUUAUGCAAAAGUAUAAGGAUAAGGUCUUCAAUUUAAUUAAUGACAUGUUUGGUCCUCUAUUGACUAAAAUUUAUCCAAUGAUGAACAAUGGGGUCUAUGAUUACUCUCUUAUUAACACAAGCGAAGAGAGUAGAGAAAAAUCUGAGUUGCACAAGUCAUACUUUGUUUUUCUACAUACCAUUUUCCUAACAGGACUACAGCAGGUUCUGAUUUCUGAUAGUAAGUAUUUUAUUAAUUUACAACAAGUCAUUGUUUUGACAUUGCAAAUAUUUACUUCCAAAAAGAAAAAUCGUUCCAUGUUUAACGGAGUAUUGGAAACGAUUCUGAAAGGAUGCCAGCAUGCCUCUGUCCAUCACAUCAAACUUGCCUUGCUGUGUUUGGAAAAUAUUGUAAAUUGCUAUUCUCCUCAACUAGGAGCAGAGUUCAAUGAUUUCGUCAUGAAAAAUAUUACUGUUGAAACUUUCACCAUGUUAUUUCGCCCAGAUUUCGAUAUUAACGAUGGUGCCUCUUUCAAUGUUGUCUCAAACGUCACCCAAGUAUUUGCGGCCUUAGUGGACAAGUGUGGACCAGCCUUUCUCAAUUAUUUAGCCAAUUCUUUCUUGCCACAACUGGGAAUGGACACCAAUGAUAUUCAAGGAUUCUGUCUAACACUGCAAGACAUCAAUAACAAGAAGAACAAUGGACUGGAAAGAUUCAAACAAUUAUUCAUUACCUUCCUACAGUCAAGAAAGAAGAAAUAA